UUUUCGCCAUUCCUGGCAUUCCACAAACAGAGCGCGGCUUCGUGUGUUUGUAACCAGUAACCAGUUGAAUACAGCGACUGCGUGUGUGCGUGAAUUAUAUUGUGGACGUCCGCACCGCACCGACGACGACGACGACAGCUGCCCGCCGACCAGUAGUAGUAUUGUGGUAAAAUAAUAAUAAUAAAUCUAAAAAUCGACGGUGCGUUAUAAUUAAAUACAAUAUUAUAUUUUAAUAUUGAUAAUAAAAUUAUAUAACGACGACGACGACCGAGACUACCACAACGUUUCCAUAAGAACGGGGUCCCACGAUCGUUCGUUAAAAUUGCUCCUUACCAUAUGAUGGGAGUUACUGAAGCCCGUUCAUAGAGCGUUGCAGUGUAACCGCGAAGCGUUCGCCGCCAGCGGCGUAUUACGAGUCCGCAAAGGGUUAUAUGUUCAUGAGCCAGCUUCUCAGAUGUACCCGUUGUCGGAGGAAGAUAGCAUGACGUCCCCAGGUUUUGCGGUGGUGUCGAGCUGUAGCACGGUGUCGUCGCCUUGGACGCCAGGUGGGGGUACAGCGGGCGGCAACCCGGACGGGCCGGACGGCGGCGGUAACGGUAUGAGGAGCGCGGCGGGUGUGAACGCCGGCAGCAACCUCAGCCUGGACGUGGACGACUGCGACGAUGACAAGGAACUGUCGGCGGCCGACGCGGAGGGCGUCUGGAGUCCAGACAUAGAACAGAGCUUCCAGGAAGCACUGGCCAUAUACCCACCCUGCGGACGCCGCAAAAUCAUACUGUCCGACGAGGGCAAAAUGUAUGGACGUAACGAACUGAUAGCCAGAUACAUAAAACUGCGGACUGGCAAGACACGGACGCGGAAACAAGUCAGCUCUCACAUUCAAGUGUUGGCUCGUCGGAAGUUGCGCGAGAUACAAGCCAAACUCAAAGUGGUGGUGCCCACCGAGCACGCGGCCAAGGAGAAAGCGUUGCAGACCAUGUCGGCCAUGUCCAGCGCUCAGAUCGUGUCGGCCUCAGCUACCGUCGCAGCCAUACACACCAAAGGACUGGCCAGCCUGGCUUCUUAUCCGCCCGGCGCGCCGCCCCCGCCGUUCUGGCAGCCGGGACUGCAACCGGGCACGUCGCAAGAUGUCAAACCGUUCGCCCAAGGAUAUCCGGCUGGCGGCGGCGGUGGUGGUGCUGGGUCGACCGGUCUUAAGCCACCUCCGUCCACGACAGUGUCGUCGGAAAUCCAACCGCCCAGCGUGCCACCUUGGGACGGCCGAGCCAUAGCCACUCACAAGUUGCGCCUGGUAGAGUUUUCCGCGUUCAUGGAACACCAACGCGAACCCGAAAUCUACCAAAAGCAUUUAUUUGUACACAUCGGAGGACCCGUCGGCUAUUCCGAUCCUCUGCUAGAAUCUGUGGAUGUUAGGCAGAUCUACGAUAAAUUUCCAGAGAAAAAAGGUGGUCUGAAGGAAUUGUACGACAAAGGCCCUCAAAACGCAUUCUUCCUCGUCAAAUUCUGGGCUGAUCUCAAUUCAAACAUUCACGAUGAAGCUGGUGCCUUUUACGGCGUCACUAGCCAGUACGAGAGUUCUGAAAACAUGACCAUAACAUGUUCGACCAAAGUAUGCUCGUUUGGUAAACAAGUUGUAGAAAAGGUUGAGACGGAAUAUGCUCGGUUUGAGAACGGGCGGUUUGUUUACCGCAUACACAGGUCGCCCAUGUGCGAAUACAUGAUUAAUUUCAUACACAAGCUCAAACAUUUGCCCGAAAAAUACAUGAUGAACUCUGUGCUGGAAAACUUCACUAUACUACAAGUGGUUACCAACCGAGAGACCCAAGAGACUUUACUUUGCAUCGCUUACGUCUUCGAAGUGUCUACGUCUGAACAUGGCGCACAACAUCAUAUGUAUAGACUCGUCAAAGACUAAAUAUUGUAUAAUAUUUUACUGUCGGUCGCGUCGAAUGACGGUGCUCGGUUUCAGUCGAUCCUUCUUGUUCGUCAAACGACCUAUCAAUUAACAAAGUUUAAUACUAGUAGUUUUUGACAUCUGAAUACCAAAAACAAAUACUAUUAUUGCACAUAGGUAAUGUUUACCUAGAAAUAAUAUUAACCAUUUCCCCCUUUAAGUUAUGCAAUCUGACAUACGUUCUUAUAUGUAUUGGACAUCAUUAUUGAUUAUUAUUAUUAUUAUUAUUGUGUAUUAUUUUUACUUUACUUUAUCGCCUUUUUGAUUUUUACCAAUUUUUGUUUUACAUUAGUUUUAUUUUUUUUUUUAUAAAUUAUAAAAUGAAACAUUUUAUUUGAUCUUAUAUAAUUAUUAUUAUUAUAGAGUAGUAGAUGGUAGUGCAUUAAAUCCAAACAGACCAGGACAUCAUUAAGUAUAAACAAGAGGCUAGGUUUUUUAACAUUUAAAAUAAAAUAAAAUUAUUUUUUCUUUAAAAACUAGGUCGACUGAAUCCUGUUGCAAUUGGUUAUAUAUGUAUAUACAAUUAUAAUUGUAAUUUUUAAUUAUGUAGAUUAAUUUGUAUAUAAUAAAAAUAUAUUAUAUUAUUUUUAAAACUUAAAAUAAAACGAAAAGAAAUAUGUAAAACAUUUUAACAUUUAACGUUUGUAGAAAAUUUAUAUUUAUGUAGUUUAACUUUUUUUUUUUUUGUCGUUUUGUUCCCGAUAUAUAUUUUUUAGUUUUAUUUCACUGUAAAAUUAUAUUAUACUUAGAAAUGAUUUCAUUUGAUCUCUGGAAUUUUUCUCAAACAGUCGGUUUGAAAUUGACUACAAUAUAAUAAUAACAAAAAUAACAAUAAUACCAUUACUUGUUUUAUUUUUUUUCAAAUUUUAUUUAGAAACGGACGUUUGAGGUAUAUUUUUAUUUUAUUUAUAUUUUUUUCUUUUUGAUAUGAUUGAUAAUAUUUAUAAAAGCAUACAACUUUACCAUCAUUUACUUACUUGGGUACUAUAAAAAUAAUUUUAUUAAAUUGUUACCAAUCCGAAAUUUCUUCUCAAUAUAUUAUUGUAUAAACUAUGAAGUCCAGUGAAAGCAAAUUGAAAAUUUCUACUUAACAUCAAAUCAAUAUUUACAUAAUAAAUAGAUGUAUAGAUUUAAUGUAUAUGAAUUCAGUUCUAUGUUACAUUGUCAUAAUAGAAUUAUUACUGGUUUACUGUUGACAGCUAUUAUCAGUAUUCUUGAUGAUUUAUUUAAGCAUAUUAUUUUAUGUUAAUGUGCAAUGUUAUAAACGUUUUAAUAAUAUUAUUUUGUAUAUUUUAUAUUUUAUUUAUAUAUUUUAAUUUUAAGUUGAACCUUUUUUUUU